AGGGAGGCGGAGGCGACUCGCAGGAGGGAAGAUGGAAGACUACCAGGCUACCGAGGAGACGGCUUUCGUCGUUGACGAAGUGAGCAACAUUGUGAAGGAGGCCAUAGAAAGUGCAAUCGGUGGCAACGCCUAUCAGCACAGCAAAGUGAACCAGUGGACCACGAACGUCGUGGAACAGACUUUAAGCCAACUCACCAAGCUGGGGAAACCAUUUAAGUACAUCGUGACCUGUGUGAUCAUGCAGAAGAAUGGAGCUGGACUCCACACGGCAAGUUCCUGCUUCUGGGACAGCUCCACGGACGGGAGCUGCACGGUGCGAUGGGAGAACAAGACCAUGUACUGCAUCGUCAGCGCCUUCGGACUCUCCAUCUGACCGCCGCGCCCAGCCCGCGCCUCGCCUGUGUCCCAGCACUGCUCUUCCUCUUCUCACCACCAGCCGUCUAGCCCGUGCCCACCCUUCUCCUCCUGAGUGUGUCAGUGUAGAGAAACCCACCAAAUAACCGCACUGUUCUGUGACCCGCCCACCCCGGGUCAGAGGAGUCACGCGCCAAGGUCGUCAGGCGCUGUACUGCCUCUUGUCUUAACUCUGAAUGUUUCUUUUCAAAGGUGCUAAAGGCCGAAAUCUGCUCGUGUGAGAUUUUCUCUACUCUGAUUCAAAUACACUAAUUUUCCGUACUUUUUACUUUUGUUAG